AUUAAGAAUAUAUUAUAAAUACGUACUUUACCACUACUUUAUUUUAUUUACUGUAGGACUGUCGGCUGAGUAAAUGAUGUGCGUCACACAAUUUUCAAUACACGUAAGCACAUAAAAUACAUAUGCAAAUACUAAUUAUACCAAUAUGACGACCCCUAAUAUGAGACAUAAUGCAACGACACAAACGUACGAACUAAUUGAGUUGUAUGUGAGUGAAAACGAGUAUAUCAGUGUCGCCUCCUGAGACGGUGUGAACAGUGUUCAAUCUGUCUGUCACAGAUUAAUGUAUAACAAAGACAUGCACAUGUUUAUCUUCUGAUUAAAGAAGUUUUAUUUAGUUUAAUAUACUGAGUUAAUUUUUUUCUUCUUUUAAAUCACGGCUCUUCGUCGUUGCUGCAUGGCAGCCGUAUCCAUGGCAACGAGAUAACCUGACUCAGUGUCCCUAUAGUCACCGUGUGAUCUAGUUUGUGUUUUCCGGGACGUCUGAGAUGACUUCCAUGGCCCCUCCGGGUGGUGUGUGGUGACGACACAGCACAGAGGCACGUGUGGGUGAGACUUUGAAGGGCAGUUUGUGGUUCCUGUUGCGGCUUCCGCGUUUCACUAGUUACGCCUGGUAAGUGAUGCACACGGCUGGAUUGUUGGAGACGGGGUGACAGCAGCAGGUCAUCUUCCUGUUUCUCUUCUCUCACGUUUAAUUCAACUGGAGCGCAGGCCCGAGCAUCUCCACAACAAAGCAUCCGUGGAAAGCCUGCUUUGCCCCGCAGACUGCUCGUCCACGCGGACCGAGCGGGGCAGUGCAGUUUAAGAACAUUAUCCCCUUUUAAUCCACUUUGCCUUCUGCUACUUGGAGGUGCACAGACUGUCAGAUGGAGCCGGGACACACAGUCAAACGCGCGCGUCCAUAUUUAAUUGCUCUUUUAUUUUGGAAACUGAACCAUUUCUCGCAUUGCACAUUGAUUGAACUUCGUUUUUAAGUAUCCUUAAUGAUCUACUGAUUAUAAUUAGCUGUGAGUCUUUCACACAGACAUGGAGGACCCCGAUAUACGACAACAGAAGCUUGACAACCAGCGAACCCUGUUGAUGAAAAAGCAGCAAAAGAAGAGGGCUGAUUCCCAAAUGGUAGUAGCCAAUCGGGAUGCUCGCCAAAAGAGUCGAAAGCACAAAGACGUCCUCUCUGAUGAAACACCUCUGUUGAUCAACCAAUCCCUCAGCAACACUUCCCUGACUGAUCAAGUUGAACAUGCCCACGAUAACCCAGUGGAUGAGAUCACAUUAGGUGAAUGUGACAUGGCAACAAGCAAGACAUUUGAUGAGAUGCCUUCAGAGAAUCAUGUCACUCUCAAGAAAAUGAACUUGGAGAUAGACCAAGAGCCUGAGGGAAAGUGGGAGGUGGAGGAUGAAGCUCAGGCAGAGGGGAAAAGGACAAAGAAGAGAGAAGUGAAAAAAGAAAAAGCCAGACAGAUGGAACAGAAUGAUGAAAUAGACGAGAAGGAGAAAAAGGAGAAAAAAACGAAGAAGAAAGUGAAAGAACUGGAAGACCCCGAGAAGACAAACAAGACAACCAAACAAGAGCGGAAAAAGAAUCACUUGCAGGAGGUUUCAUUCCAGGAGCUUCAACUCCCUACAACCCAGGGGAUAGAGUCUGUGGUGGAGAUGGCAAGUCCAAAGAAGAAUACACAUGAUGAAAGCGACCAUGAAGAGGGGGCCGAGAGGCCUGUCCUUCAAUCGCCUAAGAAUAAAAAACAACUCAACACAUCCAGGUGCCAAAUAAGUGAAGAGAGCAAAGAUGAUGAACCCCAAGAAAAAGUGAAAACGGAAAAGAAGACAAAGAAAGCAGAGACAAAGAAAGCAGAGAAAACUACGCAGAGUCUCGCUUCCCUCAACUCCAACUACAGGGAGAGCUCAUCUUCAGGCAGUGAAUCUAAUGAAAGAUCAACGUCUCCAAUGUCACUGGAGGAUCUUGAGACGUUUGCUUUGCGUCCGGCCCCCAGAGAUGUGACGAUCCAGUGUCGGGUCACCAGGGACAGGAGAGGCGUGGAGAAGGGCAUUUACCCAACGUACUACCUCCACAUGGAGAAGGAGGAUGGCAAGAGGGUGUUCCUAAUGGCAGGCAGAAAAAGGAAGAAGUGCAAAACAUCCAACUAUCUCAUCUCCACUGAUCCGACAAAUCUGUCCAGAGAGACACACUGCUACAUCGGAAAACUAAGGUCCAAUGUUCUGGGAACAAAGUUCACCGUCUAUGAUGGAGGUGAAAACCCUGACAAAAAGCCCUUCGUCAAAGAGUGUGAAUCCGUGCGGCAAGAGCUGGCAGCAAUUUGUUACGAGACAAAUGUGCUGGGAUUUAAGGGUCCUCGGAAAAUGACAGUGAUCAUCCCUGGCAUGUUGGAGAACGACGAAAGAGUGUCCAUUCGUCCCAAACAUGAACCUGAGACUCUAUUGGUCCGCCAUGCGAACAGCAACACAGACAAACUGGUCACACUGAUGAACAAAUCCCCGAGCUGGAACGAGCAAACUCAGUCAUAUGUGCUGAACUUCCACGGUCGUGUCACCCAGGCCUCCGUCAAGAACUUCCAGAUCAUCCACCCUGACAACGAGGAUUACAUUGUGAUGCAGUUUGGACGUGUAGCGGAGGAUGUCUUCUCCAUGGAUUACAGUUUCCCCAUGUGUGCCCUGCAAGCUUUUGCCAUCACUCUGUCCUCAUUUGAUGGUAAACUGGCUUGUGAGGAUCAUCUUCACUGCGUGACCGAUUACCUGUUUACCAUCAACUGCUCCCUGAACAUCACAACAUCAGAAAGCAACUCAGACAGCAACAGCUCCUACUGGCUCACUUUCAUAAAUAGCCAAAACGAUGGGCCUGAAAUCUGCAAGCAGCUGGAUAAGAAAUAUAAGCCUGUUGAUAACAUCAAACCCAACGCACCGCGCUCUCUCACAGUCAGCCACAACUCAAGUCAACGCCACUUCACCUGGAUAAGUACCUAUGAGAAAUAUCGUGAUUACACCAGUCUUGUCGACAACCUCCGGUUUCAGCUCCGUUACUACAUAAGGGGAGACAAACUUAAUGUGUCAAUCAACACCGACAGUUUGAAUUAUUCUGUGGAUGAUGAGAAAUUUUUGCCAGACACCAAGUACGCUGCAAGAGUGCGGUCCAGUCCUAAUGUCAACGGACAGUGGAGUGACUGGUCUUCUGAGGUCUACUGGGACACAGAGUCAGCUGUGAAUGUCCAUACAGAUGUCCCAUCAAACAUAUUGUUUUCUGGACUGAGUAAGGUGCUCAUCCCCCUAUGUGUGAUGGUGCCAAUCAUCUUACUUUUCUGCUAUGCUCCAGUAAAUAAGUGGAGGAAGAGUACCUUCAUCCCAUCUCCAGUGCCCUAUUUCCACACCCUGUACAGUGACUGCCAGGGUGAUUUCAAGAGAUGGGUGGUUACACAAGAAAACAUGGCAGACAUGCUGAAGGCAGAGGAAACGCUCCAAAUUGACACCAUUACCAAGUGUGAAGUCAUCGAGGAAGAAGUGAGUCCGCUCCAGUUUCACAGCCAGUCCAUGGAGGGCAGCAUAUACAGCAAUACAACUCACCCGGGCUGCGAUACUUCUCUCCUGGGCAUCCCGUACGCGGUGAGCACCAUGGCUCCGCCAUCACCUCCAGGAAGCCCUCACCAGAGUCUGACAGUCAGCUCCCAGCCAGGAAGCCUUGCUGAAGGAGACUCCGGGUGCUGGCUGGAGAAGGACCCCCCCUGGUACUGCAAUGAGUACUGCACCAUAAGCACCUUCCAGCAGUGUCGUCCACUCGCAGCAGAGCAUCAUGGGACAAAAGCCCACCUGACAGGCAUCAUCACAAUCAAGGCCAUUACUGAAGCACAAGCUGAUCAGUUUGUGUAGUAACUGAACAAUAAGAUAGUAUUGAACUUCUAACAAUGGUGGGCCUUACAUUCAACUACAUACAUUUAAAUGUAAUACUUAGAAAAUUCUUAAUUUUAGAUUUUGCUACUUGGCCAUUAUAAGUGUCGAGUGUUUUCACAGCAUCCUGCAUAAUGUAGAUUGUAGUAAUUGCAUAACGUUUGCUUGUGUCAAAUGAGUAAAUGAACUGUAAACUUAA